UGUUCCCGGGCGGUGCGCAGCUGCCCGGAGGAUGGAGUCGGCCUCGGGCUGCGGGCGGCUGCGGUCCCCGCCCUGGAAGCUGCUGUCCGGGCAGCUGCGGCUCGCAGUGUCCCGGAGCGGGCGGACCGGGCCGUGGCUGCUGGAGCGGGAGGGCAGUGGCCGGGCCCCGCUGGAGGUCAGUGUGGUCUGGAUGCAGGGGACGGUGCAGGAGGUCCGGCCCGAGGGGAACAUCAGCCUCCGGCUGCAGGACCCGAGCGGCAGCUUCACGGUCACCGGGGCAGGCGGAGUGCCCAAGGGGAGGCCGUGCCUCGCCACAGGGAUCACUUUAGCUGGUUGCCAAUCCUCUGGGAAGUAUGUGAUGGUGAUGGGAGUGGUCCAGUCGUGCAGUCCUGAGCCUGUAGUGCGUGCUGUGAAAUUGACUGAUCUCUCCGGUAAUGCUUUGCACAGGAGCAUGUGGAGUCUUGAAGUGGAGGAUCUUCAACAAAACAUUCCUUAGAUUUAUUCAAAUAGCAACCUCUCCCUAGACUUUGUAUCAAUUUGAAAUGCAGAAGGGUGUGACCUCUGGGAACGGAGCAAGGAAAUUGAAUUCUUUAAAAAGACUCGGAAACGUAAAACUGGAGGCAUUAUUGGCAAAUAUAAAAAAACUGAAAUCUUUGUUUCACUUGUCGAUUAGUGUGAUAAACUGAAGAAUUUGAAGCUCAUAAGUAUUUGGAACAGGCGAAAAAAGGAGCCAUUUCACCAAGAAGGUUAGAUACCAUGGGGAAAUUACAUUCAGCGGCCAGAUACAAAGAAGUAAAUUGCGAAAAACCCAUCCCAAAUAUAAUGACGACUUCGAUUUCUGGAACUGGAUUCAAUCCCAACCAUCCUUUGAUCUGCUUAUUUUACUUAGAAUUGAUAUAAAACUAUUGUCAGUGCUUUAUUUUGCCAGCUGGAAGGGGAAUAGAACUGACAGCUCAUCAAAUCUCCCACACAUCAGUUAAAGGUUGCAGCUUAAGUGCUGUGGUUUUCUAGGGAUUUGAAAUCUGAACUACGGUACUUGGUUAUUCUGCGUAAGGCUUAAAUAAAAUGUGUUAUUACUGAA